GUCAAGUUCUUGAUAUUGUUCCUUCUUUUCCCAUAGUAUUAUUUAACUAUUUUACAUCUACGCUGCGUACGUUUUUCUACUUAUUUCUUUAUUUGUAUAUUUUAAUAUAUUUCAAUGAAAGCUAAUGAUAUCACUAAGUUUCUUGUAUCAUUUACCGGCCAAGUAGAAUAUGUUUUGUUUCCUGCAGGAGUAUUUGAUGAACAAGUGUAUAUACAAUAUGAAGUGGUUUGGGGUCCAGAUUGGGAACCACAAACAGGUCUCACUUCUGGAACCAGUCAAAUGUCACGUUCAGGCGAUGAUCCAGAAAGAGUAGCAUUCAAUAUGCCUUUGGAAAUGGUGUUUGGUAGCACAAACAUAUUUGGUUGGCCGCAACUUAUAAUAACAGUGAGAGCAUUGAACAGACUAAGUGGUGACUCUUUGCUCGGUUAUGCGUUGGUACUGAUGCCGCCAACUUGUGGAUUGAGGGUAUUAACAGCUCCUUUAGUGCGUCCACAAGCGGCGACAGUGUUUGGCGAGUGGCUGGCGUGGCUCACGGGACGGCGACCAGAGCUGGCAGAUCCUAAAAUGUUGGCCAGUGGAAAGGAGAAUUAUUUGCUGCGAACAGAGUCAUACGGAUCCGUGACUCUCAGUUUAACAAUGGUGUCCAAAGAUCUACGAAAACUAGGCUACGACAAUCAGCCGCCAGCGGUCAGAAAUGGUUCUGACACAUAAUUAUAGUUAUAUGCAAUGAUGAGUGAUAUGUAAACUACACAG